GUUCAUUAUUCCUCCCAACAAUAUAACCCUAGCCUCUUCAAAGGGUAAUUUACGGCAAAAGUAAAAACUAAAGAACGAGGCUUUAGAGUUGUUUAUAUUACAAUUCCUUCUCCAUCGUAAGAAAAGAUUAUUCUCCUUGGUGUCCAACACUUCAACUAAAGCAAAUUCUCCAUUACCAAGCAUCACCUUCCUUGCUUGUAUUCAUGGUAGAGUAAAAUCAAGAGACAUGACACUUUAUUGAAUAAGUUAUCAAAAAUCUCCUCCCAAACAACAAGAAGAUUGUGAUAGAAGAGAUUCAAAGGCAAAGCUAGAAUUCCAAAAGCCAACACAAAAAAUAAAGAUCUCUCACAAAAAAUCCAACCCUUAGCACCAACAACUUCCCCAAUCUUAAAGCAAAGCAUCUCAAGGUUACUUCUUCAGCAAUGGCUGCCCCCAUUGCGCCAUUCAUCGUCUUCAUCUCCCAUGGCCAGUACAGUCAUGGACAAGCCUACUGGUGUCGUUUUUGCUUCAAUAGUCACCAAAGUUUUACUCAUCCUUGCAUCAACCAUCUUCCAAGGAGUGCAAGGAAACAUCGGGGUCAACUAUGGCACAGUGGCAAACAAUCUUCCUCCGCCGGCCGAAGUUGCAAAAUUCCUUUUAGAAUCGACCAUUAUCAACCGUGUGAGGCUCUUUGAUGCCGACCCUGCAAUCUUGCGAGCCUUUGCUCACACCGGAAUCGAAGUCACAAUCACGGUGCCCAACGACCAAAUCCCCAACCUCACCAAGCUAAGCUUUGCCCAACAAUGGGUGAAAACAAAUGUCGAACCUUAUACACCCGCCACCAACCUCGUCCGAAUUUUGGUCGGCAACGAAGUAUUAUCCACCGCCAAUAAGGUGUUAAUUGCAAGCCUUGUCCCCGCCGUGCAAACCCUUCACGCGGCGCUUGCAGCGGCCUCUUUGGACCGGCGGAUUAAGGUUUCGGCCCCCCACUCGUUGGGCAUUUUGUCAUCCUCAAGCCCGCCAUCCACCGGCAAAUUUAGACAAGGCUACGACAUCCAUGUGCUCAAACCCUUGCUUGCCUUCCUCAGGGCCACCAAUUCGCCUUUCAUGGUAAACCCAUAUCCAUAUUUUGGCUUCUCCCCGGACUCUCUGGAUUAUGCACUCUUUAGGCCCAAUCCAGGGGUUUUUGAUGGGAACACCAAGCUUCUAUACACAAACAUGUUGGAUGCUCAAUUGGAUGCGGUUUUCUCGGCCAUGAAACUAUUGGGCUUUGACGACAUUGAAAUUGUUAUAGCGGAAACGGGCUGGCCUUCCGUGGGAGAUUCAUCCCAAGUUGGCGUUAGCCCGGAAAGUGCAGCCGAUUACAAUGGAAACCUUGUUCGACAUGUGAAUUCCGGUAGCGGGACGCCACUCAUGCCCAACCGGACAUUUGAGACGUACAUUUUUGCCCUAUUCAAUGAAAAUCUCAAGCCCGGCCCAACGUGCGAGAGGAACUUCGGGUUGUUUCAGCCUGAUAUGACACCCGUCUAUGAUGUUGGGAUCCUACGGCCCACGGCUAGGUCAUCCAUUCCUGAUAGGACACCAAGCCCAGAUAUAAGCCCAGGCCCAGAUACAAGCCCAGGACCAGGUGUUCCACCAAUCAGCCCAAUUCCAGGACCAGGUGUUCCACCAAUGGGCCCAAUGCCACCAGUUGAGGGAAAACAAUGGUGUCUGCCCAAAACAGGGGUUGACCCAGAUACUCUGCAAAGGAAUAUUGAUUAUGUUUGUGGGCUGGGCUUGAACUGUGGGCCUAUCGAAGAAGGAGGGGCGUGCUUUGAGCCCAACACAGUUCGUGCCCAUGCGGCUUAUGCAAUGAAUGUGUACUAUCAAGCCAUGGGAAUGUACGGCUAUGAUUGCGAUUUUGAACAAACUGGAGCCAUCACUGAUGUGGAUCCAAGCUAUGGAAGGUGCAAGUAUUGAGAAUGGGGUGAAUUGCAAUGAAGACCCAUUUUAAAGCUAUUUUUUCUCUUCUAUUUUGUUUUCUUCCUUUUUAGCCAAUAGAAUAAAUGAUUAUAGGCAUUGAUAUGUAAUGAUAUUAUGUUAGCAUAACAGUUUCAUUGGCUUAUGGAUAGUGUUCGAUGUUGAAGAAUGGUAAUCCAUUGAAAGAGCUAUAAUAUAUUUA